CAACCGACAGAGGAACGCAAAGCUUUAAGCGAAGUCAAAAAUAUACCCUCCAAGGAAUCAAAUGAACCAGUCAAGAUCAAGAAAACAGUGUCAUCGAAGCUCAAACCAAAUGGCACAGAGAAUCAACCUGUGCCGAGUAAACUUCCUAAAACCCUGCACAAACCGCAUUCUAGCAGCUCGUUAUCGUCUUCUGAUGAGGACGCGGUUCAAUCAAGGCACCAUGGUUUCGUGCGACCCGGCAAUACUCCUGGUCGAUCUGUGGCUGCACACAGUGUACCCAGGACACCUGGCUUCAGCUUUGGCUCAGGUAAAAAGGUUUUCGUAAAGAAGACAAUUUCCAAGUUCAACCCGGAUAACAAGCGGAAAAGGAAGUUGUUGAGACCAGUAAACACUGCUUCGAGUUUGGGUGUGAAACUUUAG